UGAGGAGAGAGAGGGAGGAGUGUGUGGAGAGUGAGGGGAGAGUGAGCUCAUAUAACGAGUUACAGUGAAGUCGUCUUCUUAUUUCCGCAUACCCCUGGGCUCCUCCUCGAGUGCAUGUCGGCGGAGGCGAGCUGAGGUGAGCGGGAGGAGGGGGAUGGAGUCUGUGACGACGCGCGUUGCUGUCACGUGGUUGCUGCUCAUGGCGUGCGCCCCUCCUUGCUCAGGUUCUGGGUCUCCCCCGGUCCCCACAAACCUUUCCUUUGUCUCUGUCAACUUCAAGACGCUGCUGGAGUGGCAAGUGGAGGACACGGGCAUCCCCGUCACGUUCGACGUGGAGCUAUUGGGUGCAACGUGGCCGACCUGGAAGCAGAAGGCAGAGUGCACGGACUCGAUAGAAACGACCUGUGACCUCACGAGCAUCAUGGCCGAUCCGCGCUUGUCAUACCGCGCUCGUGUGCGUGCCAUCCCGGGCGGUUCCAGCGCAGUGCACACCGUACCCUGGGUCAUGUCGCCCUCCUUCGUGCCCUACGACGACACUGAGCUUGGGAAGCCACAGUUCGAGGCAGUCGGGCGGAAUGGGAGCAUCCAGCUGAAGGUUGCAGACCUGAUCACGCCCUACUUCAACAUUGACGGCAGCCACAAGACCAUGGGCGACAUCUACACGGGAGACCUCCGCUACCACCUCACCUACUGGAAAGACGGCAGCAGCGGACGGAAGGAAUACCAGUCGCGCCAGGCCGCCUUCAUGCUGACGGGGCUGGAUGAGGGCGAGCUGUACUGCUUCCACGUGCAGCUGCUGGUGGACGUUGACAACGCUGAGCGCCGUGGGGAGGAGAGCGACGUGAAGUGUGCACGCUCGGGGCUCGCAAAGCCCGACUACGCGUGGAUAUUCCUGGUGGCGGCUGGCAUCGCCGCCCUCAUCAUCGGCGUCGCCCUCAUCGUCCUCAUCGUGUGGCUCUGCCACCGCUGCCGCCAGCAACGCAAGUCGGAGCGGAACGGGACGGUCGUCUCGUACACGGCUGCCGCCGCCCAGAGGGAUUAACCGGGGACUGCCCCCCCCCCUUGACCACCACCUCUGACUGACCCCCCCAAGAAACCAAGCAGGAGUGACUCAAGGACCCAUCCAGUGCCCAUGCAAGAACACAAAAGAGACUGUGAAUGCACACACGACACUGUGAAGGUGUGGAUGAUGGCGACGACGACGAUGAUGAUGUAAUGAAUUCUGGUGAUGAGGAUGAUGAAAUUUAAGAUGAUGCCGUUAACAGUGAAUGACCAUGAUGAUGAAAGACCUAUGAUCAUGAUUAUAAGAUGGUGAUGGUAAAGAUGAUGGAAACGACCAUGCAGGUGGCUGCAUCGACUCCCUUCAAUCACCAGUAAUCAAAAAACCCAAAUCCACUAAAAUGUAGUCGGAAGACACGUGACAUUGGCUCACGUGCAAAGAGAUAUCUUGAUAAAAGUGAACGGCGGUUACUUUCACUGAUCAGUGUCCGUGGAAGGGGCACAUUUUGGCUCCGAGCUGCCACUGUUCCCACUGGCCCGGGACAUGAGACUUUAGUGGGGCUGGUUUUUUUAAUUUAGGCUGUGGACUGAGUUGAACACUGUACUAAAUUUGGGUCUGGGCAAGUGGCUCACCUUGGCUCUUAGCCGAACAUUUGACGUGAGCUUAACGCUAAAACUGACCUAGGUACCGGUUGUGUGUGCGCAUGUGUGCUGUACAUGCAUGUGUACAGGUCUUUGUGGGGUGUAUUUACAGUAAAUGUCUAUUUAUGUAUAUCUCUGUGUACAAGUGUGUGUGCGUGUGUACAUGUAUCUGUGUGUAGGUCACAUGUAUGUGUGAAUGCAUGGACAGGCGACACAAUUUAACUGGGUUCGAUAUCUGGACAUGAAUAACAUCUCUUACCAGGAAUCUGAACCUGUCGUGUACCUCGGUUAGGUCGACUCAGCCUUAAAUGAAUACCUGACAUGGGGGUGUAAAUAUUAGUACUUGCAGUUAGUUGCGGAUCGCAAUGACCACACCACCCCUUCGUGCACCAUUCCGGUCUUAAUAGGUGCUCGCAAACAACAUUUACUGCAAAAGUCUGAGCCUGCAAUUGAGAUGGUGCUGUUUGUCCAAUAUUGAAUUUACACUCCUGACAGAAGAUUGAUGAAUCUUAGAAUUUAACAAAAAAACACACUUUCCGAGCGGCGAACGGAACAAUGAGAAAAGUGACCUCGGCCACUGUGGCUUCCUCCAAGCACCCGGAGCAGGGAAAGAAAAAUAUCUCCGUAUUUAUAAAAAAGAAUAAAAUAAUAAAAAAUAAAACAAAAUAAAAUAAUUAUCACGACGUUUCGGCCACAACGCAACGUCCACAACGCAAGCAGCCUUUCUCAGGUGAAGAACAGGUCUGUCAGAAAGACAGCGUUCUUCACCUGAGGACGGCUGCUUGCGUUGUGGCCGAAACGUCGUGAUAAUUAUUUUAUGAAGUUGUAUUUUUUAUUAUUUUAUUAUUUCCAUUCUACGUGACUUUGCCGAAAGAACCAAGAAGAUGAAUCCCUGCAGUCACGAAAGCUUUAAAUCGAAAUAUAAAAAAGAAGUGUAGGGGUGGUUGUAUUAUUAGGCGUUCAAGGUGGGAAUUACGGUUGGUGUUGGGUUUAGCGCAAAUGGGUUCGGCUUCGAGUUAGGUUUCAGUUAUAGUAUUUGAGGUAGGGCUAAAGUUAGGAUUAACAAUUGAGUUAUGUUUAGGGCUGAUGUUGGUUUUCAGGAUACUGUUAUGGUUAGUUUACAUUCACGUUAGGGAUAAGGUUGGUAUUCGAGUAAGAGUGAGUGUUCACUAUGCUUCAUUUUAACAGUUAUAUUCUCAAAACAUUCUAAAAACAUCUCGACUGUGUUGCAUGUGUAUGUCUUUGUAUCUGUAUGUAAAUAUCUAAAUAUAUGUAUACGUGUGCUUUAUCUUUAGGUUGUACAUUUAAUCUGAACACUACUGGGGUAACAAGUUUACUGGGUUUUAAAAAAUAUAUAUUUUUAAGUUUUAUUUUCUUAUACAAAAUGUUUAUCUUGCUUUGAACACUGGAAGGGAACAAGGUGUGUGUGUGCGAGUGUGUAUGUGGUAGGUCGACUCAGCCUUAAAUGAGUAACUGGUGCAGUGUCGAAACACAUCAGCACUGGGGAGGCAAAGGGGGCCAGGCAUGGUGUUGGCCACCCAACCCCUCGUCCCGUGCUGUCCUUGAUAGGUGCUUGGUAACAGCACUUAACCCAACAAUGUGUUGAGGCUAUAUGGGCAACCUUUGUGUUUGUGGGGUGAGGGAAUGGUGUAAUAGUUUGCGCACUGCACUACAAUCCCAGUGACCUGGGUUCGAUUCCAAGUUGCAGUGCAUAACAUCAGCGAUACGUAGUAUCUGAGCCCUGUAUUGGGCCUCUUGUAAGUUGACUGGGCCAUAAAUGUGUGGAAUCUAAACUUGAGCACUGGGGAGAAGACGGUGGCUGGGCUUGGUACUGGCCUCAUGAACUCUGUGAGCCAUGCAGACCUCAAUAGGUGCUCUAUCGUUCUAAACAGGGUAUUUGUUUCUGGCUGUAGGAGUUGUGGUGGACACUUGGGACUCUUUUGUAUAGUUAAACACCAACCCUAACUUACCCCUAUUCUCUACCUACAACUCCAAACUAACCUUGAACUCAAAAUCCCGUGCCUUGGAGCGAUUGAUCAUGCGCAUCUGGUUUUUGUUAAAAAAAUAAAAAAAAGUAUGCAAAUAUAACAAGGACGACAACGA